ACCUAUAAGCAUGCCUUUUAGCCUGUGAUGCAUUUGUCUUGGAGUGCACUACAUUACCCGUGAGGCACGCCGGCUACUUUCGGAAGUAAAAUUAUUUUCCGUUUCGCCAACAUGGCGGAUUUGGGAAGGAGUCUUGUUGAAGGAGAUGCUAUGGGUACUACUAAGGAAAAACUGCCAAAUGAAGUAAAUAAGAAUGUCUCGUCUGGCGUUUCUUUUGGCUUCAGUAGGACCGUCAGUAAAUUAAACAAUCAGAGUCUGAAACGCGACGUGCUAGAAAAGGAUUACGUCACAGAAGUAGAAGGUCGACAGAUUGUUUCCACCAAGCCAAUUGAAAAACCAAAAGAACUAAUAAUUCCUCUGAUCCACAAGAACCGCUGGUACAAAGAGGAUGCAGCAAACAAAGCUGAACCAAAGCAGAACAGUGAGAAACCAAAAGAAGACGAUGCAGUUGUAUCACAGGCGGUGAAGGAAUUAAUAGAAGAAUCCAGAAAACAGCAAGAUCAAUGGAGGAGUGGCCCACAUGUGGAUUCAAACCUGUCAAUUCCCUUGCUUAUGCAAAACAGAAUGCCAGAAGGUUAUGAAGAUGGUGACAAGUUAAAUGUUGAGUUGUUGCCACCAUGUCCUAAAGAAAAUGAUUAUGACAGUGUACCUAUUGAAGCUUUUGGUCUAGCCAUGCUGAAAGGGAUGGGCUGGAAAGAGGGUGAAGGCGUUGGGAAGACAUUUAAAGAGGUCAUCAAACCAGUUGAACUCCAGUAUCGACCCAAGGGUUUAGGCCUGGGUGCUGACAAAUCUGCAAUCAAGACUCAAGAUGAAAGUCGUACCAAGCGUCCACCCAAGCCUGGUGAGGAGCGAGCAGAAGAGGAGCCACAGGGUCUAGUGGUGGGGAGCAGUGUGCUGAUAGAGAAAGGACCCCAUAAGGACCUUUAUGGCAAGGUAGAAGGAAUGGAUCCGGACAAUGCAAGGGUAAUGAUGAAGCUUGCAAUUGGAGGAAAAAAAGUUACAGUCAGCCAGCACUGUUUGCGACUGGUCAGCCGCAAGGAGUACGAUAAAUACAGCAAAGACCUCAGUCGCCUGAGUAAAGCCCACAAGGAAAAAGAAAAAGAAAAGGAGAAGGAGAAACAGCAAGCCAAGUCACUGGAUGAAAUGAGUACACACCAGCAGUCAGAGAGUCGGGAUUCACAAAGAAGUACCCACAAACAUCAUGAAAAAAGUAGAAAAAGAAAGCAUGAAGAUGAUCACAAAAGGGAUGAAGUACAUUCUGGCAAAGAAACUAAGCCGAUGUCCAGCAACAGCAAGUCUUCUUCUAGAGAGCACUGUUGGCUUCAAAGAGACCUGCGAGUUCGAUUCAUAGACAAGCGGUUCAAAAAAGGCGACUACUACAAUUCUAAGAUGAUCAUUGAAGAUGUUCUAACUCCUGACACGUGUGUUUGUAGAACAGAUGAAGGCCUUCUGCUGGAUGAUAUCCAUCAGUCUAUGUUGGAAACCAUUGUUCCAAAAUUGCACAGUGAUCUUAUCAUGGUUGUGCUUGGCAAGAACAGGGGUCAGGUAGGAAGAAUUCUUCAACGGAACAAGGACAAAUGUUAUGCUUUAGUUCAGCUUCAUAAAUUUGAAGACCAAGUGUUUAAACUGGAUUAUGAUGCUAUUUGCCAUUAUAUUGGUGGGACAGCUUAGCUGAGUCUUCAUCUGCAUAAGAAUGCAAUAAUAUGUGGACAGCUUUAUUGA